UUGCGCAGGUGCGGCUGUGUUGGGCAGGAGAGGCAGUCCCAGAUAGGCUUAAACUUUGGAAGUAGGGCGGGCUUGGCCAAAGAUGGCGGGUUCUCUGGGUUCCCUGGUCGUGGCAGGUGGAGGCGAGAGCAGCGACAGCGAAGAAGACUACUGGGAUAUAGGGUACAUGGAUCGGGCGCCUCAGACAAUGAAAGGGUCAUCAGUGACUGAAGAAAAAGAUGAAACCUUUAAAAAAGCUUUGACUUCAGGAGAUAUUUCACUGGUUGAAGAACUUCUAAAUUCUGGAAUGAAUGUAGAAUCCAACUUUCAUUUUGGAUGGACUCCUCUUAUGUAUGCUGCUAAUAUUGCUAAUGUGGAGUUGGUGCGUAUCUUGUUGGACAGAGGGGCUAAUGCAAGCUUUGAUAAGGAUCAGUAUACUAUUUUGAUGGCUGCAUGUUCUGCACGUGCUUCAGAGGGUCAGAUUUUAAAGAGUGUAGAAUUGCUACUUUCGAGAAAUGCUAACCCAAAUGUUGCUUGCAGAAAAUGUAUGACUCCAAUCAUGUAUGCAGCACGAGAAGGCCAUCCUCAGGUUGUUGCUCUCCUUGUUGCUCAUGGAGCAGAAAUAAAUGCCCAAGAUGAAAAUGGUUAUACAGCCUUAAUGUGGGCAGCACGUCAGGGUCAUAAAAGUGUAGUUUUGAAGUUGCUUGAACUGGGAGCUAAUAAAACAAUACAAACCAAAGAUGGAAAGACAGCGGGAGAGAUUGCCAAAAGAAAUAAACAUCCAGAGCUCUUCACUUUACUUUCUUUGACUGUGAAUCCAUUGCAAGGAAAGCUCCAACAUUUAACUAAAGAGGAAGCUAUAUGUAGACUUUUGACAACUGAUGGUGAUACUGGAAAAGACCACAAAUUUAGUUCAUAUACAGCUUUUGGUGAUCUUGAACUAUUUUUACAUGGACUUGGACUUGAACAUAUGACAGAAUUACUAAAGGAAAGAGAGAUAACCUUACGGCAACUUCUGACAAUGAGAAAGGAAGACUUCACAGAGAAUGGAAUUACUAAUAUUAGAGACCAACAAAAAAUUCUGGAUGCUGUUAAAGAAUUACAGGUAGAGGAGAUAAAAUUUGGAGAGUUGACUGAAGUGAUAAACUUGGAAAUCAGCGGUGAUGAGUUCCUCAAUUUUCUACUGAAAUUAAAUAAACAGUGUGGUCAUUUAACUACAGCAGUGCAGAACAUAAUUAACCAGUUACCAGUAAAUUCUCAUAAGAUAGUACUAGAAUGGGGAUCUUCCCAAAGGUUUACAUCAGUCUGUGAAAAUUUGGUUGGUAAUGUUGAAGAUUUGGGUGAAGAAGUCUGUAAACUUAAAGACUUAAUUCAGAAGUUGCAAAAUGACCAGAAAAAUGAUCCCUGUCGUGUACCACCUAUAGAAACAUUUUCUACCUGGAAUAGCAGAUUUUUGAAGAGAGCAACAUUCACAGUAUGCGGAUUUGGGUUUCUCCUCUUCAUUUGCAAGCUAACUUUACAGAAAAGCUGAUGUUGAUUCUUGUUUUGAGCAAUGUCUACAGUCAAGCCUUUGGAAGAGAGCUGAAAACUACCAUUUAUAGUGUUUUAUACUCUUAAACACUUUGUAGAAACAUUUCAGAAACAAGGUUACAAAUAUUUCUUCACAGAUUUUUUUCUGUCAGAUUUAUAAAUCUAAUUUGUUCAUUUUGAUCAAGAUAUAAAAGGUAAUUCUAUGAUUCUUUAAUUCAAAUGAAUAUCUUUAUAUGACUAUUGAUCACCUUCAAAUAAAGUUUUACCUAGUUUGUCUUUAAUCUACCAUACUAAUGUGUGUGUUUUACACAGGAAUGAAAGAUGCCGUUAUGGAAAACAUUUUUUCUAUAAUUUGGAAAAUAUUAUCCAAGGUGCUUAUGUUGAUAUGUCUCAGAGAAAUAUAAAGUGUUUCUGUUAGUCUAUAAUCUAUCUUUCCAUUUGUAAGAUUUUCCUUUGGAAUUUUUUAUUGGGUUUUAAGAAAAAAAUUUUUUAUUUAUAAAAUUUGCAAAAUAUAAUGGUUUUGAGGCAUUCUAAUCAGUGUUAACAAUAGUGCCAGCUAAAUGUAAAAUUUUUAGAAUUUUGAAACAGAACAUGGGAAAACAUGAAGAAUUGAUAAUAAAAUUAGGUAAUCAAACAGUAGCUAGUAAAAUAUGAAAUAUUGCCAAACUGUAAAUAUAAUACGGUGAUUUUAUUAUGGCUUAACAUGUUUUUUAAAAGUGUUUAAUAGAACAUGAAUGUUAAAUAGAUUUCUCUGGUGUCAAUUUACUGAAAACUAGUGCAGUAUUCAUUUUGUUUCUCUCAUAUUUGAGGUCAGGAAUGGGGAGAAGAGAUGUGGGCAAGCAAAAAGGAAAAGAAAAGGACUAAUAACUGUGGAUAUGGGAGUUAAUUUUCUUUCCUUGGCUAACUGCCAUGCUUACAACAGAUGUGGUUGAUCUGCAACUGCCUGAAAGGUAAACAAGAGAGAGGAAGAAAUUGUAGCAAGGAACAAGAGUGUGAGAAGAUAUGAUGAGUAGUGAUUUCUAGUUAGUUCCACAAAAACAAUAGUCAGAUUAAUCAUUCUGUUUCUGAAAAUAUGUUCAACCAUGUCAAAGUAAUGAUCACACCAUGAAUCAGUGUCUGAGACAAGAUUUUAACUGUUUCUCAUUUGUUGUUUAUCAAAAUGAGGCACAUCUUCCUCAUAAAAUGAGUUAGACUUGAGUGGUCUUGAGUAGAAACCAGAUUGAAUUUAAGAUAGAAAGAAAAAAAAAGUUUAGACUAAAAACAAUGAUCAUUUAUUAAUAGCAGAUUGUCAUAGAAUUUAAAACCUCAUAAAUCAUUUAAUUCAGUUCUCUCAUUUUUCCAGAGCUAAAAACUGAUCUUCAGAGACAGUAAAUGAAAUGCCCAAAGUAUCACAGGUGGUCUUGUGGCAGAGCCAAGAAAACUGGGGCCCUCUGACUUGAUAUCCAUUUCUCUUUCUACUGCCCCACUGUCCUAAUACUCUUUUAAGCGAAAUGAAAUCUUCAUUGUACAUCGAUACAGUCUAUAAUUUUUCCAAUUGUUGUAGUGAGGAUAAGAAGGUUAAUAAAAAGAAGUUUUCCCAUUACUCUGAAUCAUUUUCCUUUUCCACUAUGUAUCCUAUAGAUAAGCAUCUCUUUCAUUAGCUUUACUCUUCUUCUGGCUUUAAAAAAAUAAAUUUAAAUAGCUUAAACUCAAUUAUUACAACUUAUUUGAAAAUGUGUGGAAAUUAAGAAAGAUCAGAAAGCUACUUGGAGAAAUGUAAAUAGUUUUCUUCCUCCACCCUGAAAAGUGUUUAUGUCUAUCAUUUAAAACAAACAAAAACUAGUCUAGAGUUCUAACCCAAAGUAAGAAAGCAUUGAGGUAUCCUACUUUACAAAAAUAUAUUCAUCAUAAGACAGUUUUAAAUAAAGAUCUCUGCUUAAGAUGCUUAAUCUCUACUUAAAACAUUUCAGGAACACAGUUCUCCCCCAAAAUGAGAAACAUCUGUAUAUUUUAAAUAUCAACAAUAUAGAGUAAAAUCUUAUACUCCUAAUAAUAUUUUUUAUCAAUAUAGGUAGGGAAUGAGUUGAAAUUUAAUUUUGCAUUAAUAUAUCAUUUAUUCAGAGGCUAAGUUAAUAAUGUUAAGAAAAGUUCAGGAUAAUGAUGCUUCUGAAGUGAUUGUGAAAUCUUUUCUCAAAUAUUUAGAUUAAAUUAGAUAAAAUAAUUAUACUAAUAAGUACUACCUCCCUUCUGGCUUCAUGAUUAACUCUAUGAUUAAAACACUUGAGAAAAGUAAUCUCAUUUCCUUCAAAGAUAUCUAUAAGCCUAAAAAUGACAUAUUACAUAUUAGUUAUCAGUUUUACAAGUUUCUCUUAAGACUAGCCAAUCCAGAAUUUUCUUUGAAUUUUGUUAGCCUAGUUUAAGUUAGCUUUUUGUACUUCGAAAUUAAUAAAACCUAAUUUUUUUAUGGUACUCAAUAAUAUUAAAUUUAAGUUUUCUCCUCUGUUGUCUUUGAAUAGAGAAAUAUUGAUGUACAUUCUGAACUACCUUAUCUAUGUAAGGUGGAAGUAUUAUAGCAUUAUAUGUAUUUUGGCUUUUAAUAAAUGUGUCUUGAUAAAAAAUAGUUCACUAGCUUACCACAAAAUGUUACCUUCCUACUAUCACUAGAAAUUCAACAGCUAUGUCUGGGCUCUUAUCUGUGUUCUGAUCCACUUUAAGGCUUUCCUGACAUACCUCUUAGUUUCUUUUUCAACACCAGUGACUUAACUGCCUUAAUCAGUCAUAUCUAUUACCAUACUAAUAUUUUCUUGAAAGACUAGUAAUUUCUAACCACAAAUAACCUAAUUUUUUCCAACUCUUUCCUAGGUUAGACUUCUUAGACUUUUUCAAAACCUUCAAUUUCUGUCUUCCUCUCUUCUUACAACUUUUAUUCUUAUAGUUUCAAGGGAUUCAGUAUCCUAAUCCCAAAUUGUUCUUUUCAUCAUGCUUUUCAUCCAUUCAAGAACAGCCUACUAACACAAGUCCUGGAUCAUAGAAUUUUACAUACUCAAAGAGAAGGUAGCUACAAGCUGAUGAUAUAAGGGUGAGUAGUCAAGUAGAUGGCAGAAUUUCUAAGAAUAUUAGUAUCUGGGGUAGCUGGGUGACUCAGUGGAUGGAGAGCAAGGCCUCAGAUACUUUCCAGCUGUGUGAUCCUGGGAAAGUCACUUAACCCCCAUUGCCUAGCCCUUUGAAAAAAACAAAUAAAGAAUAUUAGUAUCAAGGAAAACUAUCUGGAAGCAAGAAAGCUAUGCCAAUGUGAUAGGAAACUUUUGGACAAGAGAGGUUUUAAAAAGAGGAAGGUUCUUAUGAGGGCAGUGCUUAGAAGUUUUACCCACAU